AUGAGCGAGAAGCAAGCAGCCAAGAUGAGCAAUCCUCCGGACUUCUCCCAACUCCUCCGCAUGGAUGAUCGAGACCUACAGCUACAAGCCGAACGUCGCCGUUUGUCCUUGGCAGGCAACACCAACUCACUCCCUCAACUCGGGAGUCUGGGUCUUAACUUCGCAUCCGUGGGAGAUGACCCUUUCGCUGAUCCCGUAAAAGGCGCUGGAUGGCGACCACCACCAUCCACCAAUCCAGCCAGCAAUCCAUUUGCGGACCCAGUAUCAAACCGCUCCAAUCCAUUUGCGGACCCUCCCACCAGACCCGGAGCCACCAUUCCAAAGGCAAACACCUAUAUCACCGACAUCCGACGGUCCCGCGGCCAAUCCGUGGACAACACUACCUCGAACAAACCAACAUCCAUGUACCGACCACCCUCUACCGCCGUCGGAUCCCGCUACCCAUCGUCUCUCGCUCCCAGCCGAGAUUCAUACCGCGACACAGUCUUCUCCUCCUUCUCAGCCAACGCCCGAAAAGGAAAAGGUCGCUCCGACCCCUUCGACCUCGAGCGUCCUGAGCUAUGGAGACCGAAAGACACGAACAGCACAGCCAUGUACCCAGCUGCCCUGAACACAAAACCGGACAUGGUAGGCCAGGGAACAGGCACCAAUUCGCGAGCUAUCAGCACGACCUCGUAUCUGAGUAAAUACAGCAGCGGCGUCUCGCUCGGAGAAUGGGGCGACCCGGGACCUGAUCUCGGCCCUGGCAGCGGGAGUUCGAGCUUGAGAGGGAACGCUAGUUCGAACGGGAGUCAGGAUUUUAGCGCUGCGGCACGAGGGUAUUUUGGUGAGCAGCAGCCAGUGGCGGAGAAUUGGGAUCAGAGUCGAGACAAAAAUAAUGUGAGUCCGCUGAGUAGGACGAGUUCUAAGGGUGGAGUUGGGAAGGCGAUGUGA